UAAAUGCUUAAACACGCUUAAUCGUGACAGAAUAUUGAAGCGUCUCUUUCUGGUCAUGCUGCCUGAACCGGUUCUCCCGUAUAUCGGAGGCCGCAGACGUAUCGGAGUACUAUUCACGAUAUCAAGAAAGACGUCAGUAAGAAGCUAGCAAUGCUGUGUUCUUGUGGCGUGGCAAUAAUUGCCAUUCUCUACUUCCUAUUCGAUGUGAACUACUUUGUGAGAAUUAUCGCCACUGUCAUAUGGGGCAGACUUUUUGAGAAAAAGAAAAAGCUUUUUGAUACGACAACGAUUUAUGGUAUUUGCACUACUCAGGAUGUCGACCUGGUUUUCAAACACAUGAAUAAUGCGAGGUAUCUGCGCGAGUUGGAUUUUGCGCGUUUCCAUUUUUAUGAUAGAUCAGGAAUCUACGCAGCGAUCGCAAAAAGAAGAGGUGGUGCCGUUCAAGGUGCUUCCACUAUAAGAUAUCGCCGUGCGGUUCCUAUGUUUAUGCCGUACAAGAUUACGACAAAGCUUAUUUACUGGGAAGAUAAACACUUUUACGUAGAGCAACAGUUUGUUAGCCUCACGGAUAAUUUUGUCCGUGCUGUUGUAUUAAGUAGACAAACUGUAACCGGAUUAAAAAUACCGGUGACGGAUUUAAUCGCUGAAAUUGAACCGAGCACACGUAGACCGGAGCCCACCAAAGAACUUCAGCUAUGGCUGGAAUCAAUGGAAGAAUCAUCCAAAAAGCUUAGAAAAGAGGAAUGACGAAAGAUAUAUAUAUAAUAUAUCAUUUAUUUAAUGACAAUUCUCAAAUUAUGUUAUUUAUUUUCUUGUGAUCGUUAGAACGGUUUGUAUUUCGGUUUGUUUCUUGUUACAUUGCUAAAGAUAGUUAGUCUAGUCUAGUGUUAAAGUAAUCUCUCAAGACGUGUCUGAUAUUUUAUCAUCGUAAAUAGAUCAUUUUUUUUAUAAUGUGACAUAACUCUCUGUCUUUUGAAGCUCUUUUUUAAAUGUUACCUAUAAAUAUUAAAAAUUGUAAUGCAAAUAUUUUAUUAAUUGAGAUAUAAUGUUGAAUAAAGUAACAAAUAUGAAAUUAUAAAUUAAAAUAUAUGUUGAUUUAUGCGAUUAAUGAGAAUUAUAAUGAAGAUUUUAUUAAAAUUUGCUAAAAAUAUUUUUUGGAUGUGUGUAAUUUUUGUAAUAGAUAUUUAUAUCGUACGAUUAUACGUAUAUGUAAUUAAUUUACCCAACGCUACGAAAUGUUUCGUAACGAAUGUAAACAAUUUAUUUCGUAUUUAAACGAUAAAGUUUGCACAUUUAUCAUGAAACAAAUAAACUGUUAAUGUUUUGCACAGUU